GCCGCGCGCGACGCACGUCCCCGCCGUGUCACCCGUCGCACGCCUCGGGCGUCUUCGCGCUUGAUUCGAGGACUCGCCGCUCGCGCGCGUCCGUUGUCUCCGACGAAGCGACCGAACGCAGCGCGCAACGCUCUCGAAAGCGACCGGCGCUUCGAUCGGGAAUUAUCCACGGAAUCGCCGCUAAACGUCGCGAACGAUGUCUCGCUACGGCGACCGCGGCUCGCGCGAGGAGUUCACCAUCGAGGACAUCGCCCGCGGGCGGACGAUAAUGGCGAGCGACCUCGACAAGAGUUUCGAGCAGGUUUUCAUGUGCAACAAAGCCCACGGCGACGCGCUCGUGCGCGCGUUUCGCAACAAAAAGUACCCGCGCCGCAUCUUAGUCCACGGCAACAUGAUCGUCUCCGUGAAGAUCGACGACCGCGGAUUCGUCGUGCACAAGUGGACGAAGAAAAUCAUCGACCUGAAGCAAGUGUACCUCGUCGUGAAGGACUCGCGGAAGAUCUACCAGCUCGCGCUCGAGUUCGCGCAGCGCCCAGGGGAGAAGAAGGCGUUCUGCGACGUCCUGCAGUUCGACCCCGGGACGAGCCGCCAAUUCACGCAGCUCAUCUCCUCGCGACGCAAGGAACUCCUGCGCGACGGCCCCGGCGGCGGCGGCGGUCCCUCCUCCGGGAGGUUCUCGGACAAGUACGCGCACGAGAGGUCCGCGAGCGGCGGCGGCCGCGGCGACGACGUCCCGACGAUGACGCUGGCUGAGCUCGACGCGCAAGGUUCGGGCCCGCCGAGCGCCAUGGCGGCGGCGAUCGCCAAGGCGCAGCAGCGCGGCGGCGCGCAGCAGCAGCAGCAGCAGCACAUUCCAGAGCAUUCGGCGUUCACGCCCGCGUCGCCGACGCGCGGCGACGACCCGUUCAACGGCGGGUUGAACUCGUCCAUCCCGCCGCAGCCGCACUCGCCGGUGGGGAACCAAGAUUCCACCGCGGGUGAUCCUUUCGGGCAGAUGAUGCAGAGCGUGAACCAGAACGGGCACCAGAUGCAGACGCUGUUCUCGCCGUCGCCCGGUGGCGCGCAGCCCGCGAGCGUCGGGAACGGCGGCGCGGUCGUGGACCCGUUCGCGGCGCCGAACCCGUACGGGUCGCAGCCGCAGUCGAUGCGGCAAAACCCGCUUCUCGCGCAGCAGCAGCAGCAGCAGCCGCUGGUUGAUCCGUUCGCGCAGCCGCAGCAGCAGCAGCAGCAGCAGAAGUCGUUCAACCCGUUCGCGUGA